AUGGCUACCAACAAAAUAUUAGAGAAUGACAACCCUCCCGGAGAGCCCGCUGCGGAAAUACUAGAAGGAAGAAUAUGGGUUGAUGGAUGCUGGGACUUCUUCCACCAUGGACAUGCCGGUGCCAUGCUGCAAGCUCGGCAGUUGGGUACAGAGCUGUUCGUCGGUAUACAUUCCGAUGAGGCGAUCCUGGAGAAUAAAGGACCUACGGUCAUGACUUUGGAAGAACGAAUCGCCGCGGUUGAUGCGUGUCGAUGGGUCACACAAUCGGUGCCGUAUGCGCCGUACGUUACAUCCUUACCGUGGAUUUCUCAUUACGGCUGCAAGUAUGUGGUUCAUGGAGAUGAUAUUACAUCUGAUAGCAGUGGAGAGGAUUGCUAUCGUUAUGUGAAGGCUGCUGGGCGCUUCAAGGUUGUCAAGCGAACGCCUAGUAUUUCCACAACGGAUCUUGUUGGAAGGAUGCUGCUUUGCACUCGUACUCAUUUCAUCAAAUCGUUAACCAGCCUAUUAGCCGGAAACGAAGGCUCAGGGACAGCAGAAGACAAGAAAGCGGAAGGAGCGGCGAUGGCUGAGAGAAUGCGACUCUAUGCCACGGAUCAGACUGGUCUUCAUCCUGGCGCCAGCAUUUGGAAUUGGUCGGCCUCUGUGGAGGCAAGAGAAAACCAUACAGUUGAAGAGAAAGGCGUAUUCAGCUCCCUCUGCCAAGGCUCAAAACCAAAACCAGGUCAGCGUGUUGUCUAUGUCGAUGGCGGAUUUGAUCUCUUCUCUUCUGGCCAUAUCGAGUUUCUCCGCCAAGUGAUCAAGGCCGAAGAAAAGAUUGGUCAGGAUGAAGGAUGGUACAGUAAAGAAGCCAUCCAGGAGCGAACUGGGAAAGGCGCGGAUUAUGGACCGGCAUUCGUUGUUGCUGGGGUUCAUGAGGACGAGGUAAUUAAUCACUGGAAAGGGGUCAAUUAUCCAAUCAUGAACAUCUAUGAGCGAGGUCUAUGCGUUCUGCAAUGCAAGUAUAUCAAUUCCGUAAUAUUCGGAGCUCCAUUCACACCAACCCGUGCUUAUCUCACUUCCACCCCUUGGGGUACCCCGGAUGCAGUAUACCACGGGCCGACAAGCUUCAUGCCGCUUACAUAUGAUCCCUAUAUUGUACCUAAGGAUAUGGGCAUCUAUAAAGAAAUCGGUAUGCAUGACUUCGCCAGCGUCAACGCCGGCCAGAUUGUGCAAAGAAUUAUGAAGAGUCGCGACAUGUAUGAGGAGAGACAACGUGUCAAAGGAGUAAAGGGAAUUGGGGAAGAUGCUCAACGGACAAGAGAAAAAUUAGAAGAAGAGCAAAAGUUGAAGGAAAACAGAGCCACAUCAUAA